GCUUCCUGGUUGUCAUUGCAAAUCUACACUGUCACUUGUACCGGUGACGAACGAUAAUGGAUUAUUCCAAUUUAUUUACAGUGUAUUCAUGCCUUCUUCUGUUUGUUUCCAUACCAUGCGCAUACAGCAAUUAUGUUGAGACCAAAGCUGGACAGUUUUUUAGCAGUGGACACACUAACAACUGGGCAGUACUGGUCUGCACUUCUAGAUUCUGGUUUAAUUAUCGGCAUGUGGCGAACACGCUUUCAGUAUACAGGAGUGUUAAGAGACUGGGCAUUCCCGACAGUCACAUUGUUCUGAUGCUAGCCGAUGAUAUGGCCUGUAACUAUAGAAACCCCAAACCAGCUACUGUGUUCAGUCAUAAGAACAUGGAGCUCAAUGUGUAUGGAGACGACGUGGAGGUGGAUUACCGCGGAUAUGAGGUUACGGUAGAGAACUUUCUGCGGGUCCUAACGGGGCGUCUCCCUCUCAGUACCCCUCGAUCCAAACGUCUGCUGUCAGACGACCGCAGUAACAUUCUCAUUUACCUGACAGGUCAUGGUGGAAACGGCUUCCUGAAGUUCCAGGAUUCUGAGGAGAUCAGUAACAUGGAGUUAGCUGAUGCUUUUGAGCAGAUGUGGCAAAAGAGACGGUAUAAUGAAUUGUUGUUCAUCAUAGACACGUGCCAGGGGGCCUCCAUGUAUGAGAGGUUUUACUCACCCAACAUCAUGGCUCUUGCUAGCAGCCAAGUAGGGGAGGACUCACUUUCACAUCAGCCAGACUUGGCAAUUGGGGUCCAUUUGAUGGACAAGUACACUUUUUACUUGCUGGAGUUUCUGGAGGAAGUCCACCCUGCUAGCCAAGCCAACAUGAAUGAUCUGUUUAAAGUGUGCCCACAAAGUCAGUGUGUCUCAACUCCGGGCCACCGUACUGACCUGUUCCAAAGGGAUCCGGGGAGUGUCCUCAUCACUGACUUUUUCGGAAGUGUCCGGAAAGUGGAGAUCACCAAGGACACAAUCAGUCUGACGUGUCCUGUAGAGUCGCCAAUGCAGAGGUCUGGAAGUGGUGAUCUACAAGUUGAAACUUUUACGUAUGUGGACCAACUUCCAGUUGCUGAAAUUAUUCAUCAGAAACCCAAGCAGAAGGACUGGCACCCUCCUGAUGGUUUCAUUCUUGGGCUCUGGACUCUCAUCCUGCUGGUGUUCUUCCAGACCUACGGCAUCAAACAUCUCAAACACAUCUUCUGAUUCCACAGAGAUCAAAGAACCAACCGCUUGUAACUGACACCUUCAUAAAAGAUUCCACACACAAUAUUUGUUUGUGAUAGGUUUGGUCAGAAAUAGCUUUUUAUUCAUUUUUGAUACGUUUCUUUUGGUUGUUUGCUUUGUAUAUAUAUUUUUGGAAGUCUUCUUACACUGAAAUGUUCUUUGUUGUUUGCAGCUUUCUAGAGAAAUCCAUUCAUAAUUUAACACACAAACUUCCUUUUGACCUAAACAAAGACAC